CAUUCCAAUGUCUUUGCGUAGGUGAUAUGAUCAUGGACCAGCCAAACAAAGAAGAUAAUGAGAGCAUGGAUGAUCCAGCUGAUGGAGGAGCUAUAGCCAUAUCUGAAGGUCCUAUGACUCGAGCCAGAAGCAAGCAACUCAAAGAAGCCAUUGGAGGAUUACUUAAGACAUCACUGAAGCAAGAAGAGAGUCUUGGAAGAAGCUUGAUCAACCAAGACACACUUGCCACAAUUCAAGCCAUCUCAGCUCCAAGAUAGACAUCAAAUGAGCAAGUAACAUAUGUACCAUGGCAGGAGAUCAAAAAGGAGAACUCACUAAGGAUGAAAAGCUUUUACUUAAGGUUAUGAGUGCUCAGAUGCAGGAGAAGAUGAAAGCCAGCCUUGAUAAAUUCCGGCAUGAGUUGAGACAGGAACUCCAACAAGCUACUGGUCAGAGUUUUGAGUCUAGAAGCAGUGAGAGGAGACAAAGACGUGGGCAUGAAGGCCGAAGCAAUCACAAAGAUAAAUUGGCUGAUCAAAAGCUAAAAAUCCCUCCUUUCUAUGGUGAUGCUGACCCUGCUGCAUACGUGGAGUGGGAAGAGAAAAUGGAGUUGAUUUUUAACUGUCAACACUCUGCUGAAAGAAAGAAGGUUCAAAUGGCUACUGCUGAGUUUUAUGGUUAUGCUUCAAAUUGGUGGAAUCAAUUGGUGUCGUCUAGGAGACACUAUGGAAAAGAACCAGUUACAACCUGGGUUAAAUUAAGGGCUUUGAUGCGUCAUAAGUAUGUUCCAAGACAGUACAAUAAGGAAGUGCUUCGAAAACAGUCUGAAACAAAGCCAUGCUCUGCAAACUCAGUUCAGAAACAACAAGUCAGUAUGAGAUCAAUUCCAGCCAGUGUUAUUGGUUUACCUAGCAAGACAACAAGCUGGUUCAGUGAGGAGGACAUAAAGAAGCUGUCUCAAGUGGUGGUGGAUGUGGAAAAGCAACUCAAAAGGACCAACACAGCACGUCCAUCCAUUGAAACACAGCACCAAGAACCAGUUACUACUGUCUCAGAACUCAAAAAUGUAGAACCAGAGUCAGCUGCACCAAUUCAAGAAGUCCAAACCGAAACAUCUAUGGAGAAGGAAAAUUCUGAGACAGGACAAGAGUGUUCUCUUUUCUUACCUCAGUCUGAAUUUAAUUUUAAUAAUUCCUUUGAUGAACUAACUUGUCUUGAACCGGUGCAAUCGAGUAGCAUUGUUUUAUUGUCACAGGUUGUAAAAGAAGAUUCAGCAGAAAGAGAACCAGAGCAAUCAACACAAGGAGAAAAGUUGGAACAGCCGAACAGCUUGCAGUCAAAUACAACUCCUGAAUCCUUGUCUUAUGACCUGCAAAAGCACUGUAAGGAGUUUAAUAUGGUUACUUCUGUGCCUGAAAUGUUUCUUAUGGUUAGUACUCAUGAUGUGAAACGUUUUGGUCUUGACAAAGUUAAAGAUUUUUGUGUUUCAAACUCUGUACAGCAUGCUUAAAACUUUCAAAGAACUUGAACCAGAUAAACUUUUUGAUCAAAAAUAUUUUCAAUAUGGUAAUAAAAACUUUUCUGGUCAUGUUUUGAGUUUUGAACAAUUUAUGAAUCACCAUGAAAAGAUUUUAGAACCUGUUUUCAAGCCAACCGAGUUCUAUUUUAGAAAACCUUUUGCCUUGUUUGCUAGAACUGAAGAAAAUAGUUUUGUUGUGAACUUUCCUAGGCAUGAACUGAUCUCUGAUUAUUUUCUUGCACCCACAUAUGUUUUGAAAGAACCUAGGAAGUUGCAUGAACCGAAAUUGCAUCAUUCUGAUGUUAGGGUUGAAAUUGUGAAGUCUGCAAAUAUCUCUGAGUUUGAGCUUGACUGUUUGUGUGCUAAAAAUGAUUCUAAACGUGUAGGGUUGUUCUUUGAGGAUAUUCUAGUGUAUAACACUUUCUUUGAAAAACCUGUUCCACAAUUGAAACUAGAGUUCACUGAUUCUGAAUAUAUGAACUUAAUCCUUGAUGAUAUUUGGGUCUGCAAUAUUUUCUUUGAUAUGCAUAAUAGAUGGAGGAAUCAUAUGGUUUUGUGCUUUGGAGACAUUCUGGUCUACAACACUUUCUUUGACAUGAUAACACACUUGUCUUGUCCAAAACAAGCUGAAAAAGGUACAGGUAAAAAAAAGGGCUAUAAUGAUCAGAGUAUCAAUGAUGAGUCCUUUGCUAAGUUGGAGAUGCAACAAUCAAAUCUUGGAAACUGUCCAGCCGCCAGCUUUGACACAGGAGCAGUCCGAGGAUCAUAUCUCAGCAACCAGAAGGAAUUAAGCAACAAACUCGACUUCCAUGGAAACUUAACUCAUCAGGGGCUCAAGGUGAAUUGGAAUCAUGCCCAAAGCUUCUCAGGAGAAAGAGUUAUGGGCUCUACAAGUCAGGUGAACCUGUGUUUGCUUUGUUUGAAAUUUUCUGAGUUUAGAACAUCUCAAUUCUAUCUAUGGCGACCAGGUGAGUAUGUUAAUGUAAGUGAUCAUGUUUUCAAGAAUUCUUUUAUCACUGAUUAUACAGAUAUGAUGCACUUGUCUUUGUCAAAAGAGCCAUGUGCAGAUUUUAAGAGAGCUUGGAAGCAUAUAAGAAGAAACUACAAAAAUGAGGAAGAUAAGAGAUUCAAACCACCUGAUCUAGACCAGGAUAACCACCAAGACGUCCCUGGCUUUAUCAUCAUCAAAGAAGCACCUCCAGAUGCAGCCUACAAUCCAAAACCGAGCAGAAACAAAUUUGGGAUAAGACUCUUACUUUAUGACAACUUCGCAUGUGCUAACUUGUUUUGUUUCAGUGUGUGUGAAUCAGGUUUGGGGAAUGCAUCAGGAGUAUGGAGAGCCCAACGUAUCAGUUCCUUCUACCAAACAAAUCCAGUCAGCAACAAUGCCUAUCAAAGAGGCUUGCAAGGUAAGUGUAAUCUGAUUAUCAACGUUAAUGUUACUGACUUGGCUCCUUUUGUUGCAGAUGAGCUAGAUUUGAGGACAAAUCCUUUUCAAGAGGGAGGGGAUGAUAUGAUCAUGGACCAGCCAAACAAAGAAGAUAAUGAGAGC